AUGGACGGCCCAGGACGGGCAUGUUCCACACGGUGGGUGCUGCUGGUGGCUCACCGUUGUUGCUGUUACUCCCAUGUUAAUGAUGCUGUUGCAGAUGCGGUGGAACCAAGCCACUUUGUGUUGCUCGCUUCGCACAAGGAUCGUUCUCCGGACGGCAGCCUAUCCCAGCCGAGCCAGCUUCUGUUGGGGCUUCUAGAAGAAUUCCUCUGCCCAGGCUCUGCCCAGGUCAGAACCGAACCGAACCCAGGUCGGAAUCCAGGUCACCGUCCUUCCCGCUCAUGUGAGAUGGGCGGCGGGGCCAGCAAUGACGAGUUCUUUGCGCCUGGCUAG